UGAACACUAAACCAGACUACAGGCUGUUUCAGAAGACACACAAGUUACAGAAUGAAGGGGAUAACAUUCCUGCUGCUGGCACUUAGCUGUGGUUUGACCCAGGCUCAGAUGGGACACCCUAACUAUCCUGACAACUGCAAUCUGAUAAAAGACUUGGCAGCUACGGUUGAGAGACUGGCCACCGUGACAGAGAAGAUGGGGCUGAUGGAGACCAGGCUACAGACCACGGAGAGAGAGUUGGAGGAGCUGAAGAAAGCUACUUCGGGCAAGCCUCAGGUAGCUUUCUCAGCCACACUCAGGGAAUCAGGCAGUGGUAACACUGGACCCUUCACUGUUGACACACCUCUGAAGUACAAGAAUGUCUACUCAAACAUGGGCAACAGCUACAACCCUGCCACAGGGAUCUUCACAGCCAGUGUGAAGGGGAUGUACUACUUCCGGUUUUCCAUGAUGAACAACCUGAGUGCCACACCUAAUUCUGUGGUGUCCUUGAUGAAAAAUAACCAGAGGUUGGCAUCUGUGUGGGACACCGAAGGGACUGAUGCCCAUGACAUUGGCAGCAACGCAGCAGUCAUUCCUCUGGAGGUGGGGGACAAUGUUUACAUCAAUCUGGCUGCCAACAGACUCAUCUAUGAUGAUAGUAUGAACUACAACACCUUUAGUGGCUUCCUGCUCUUUAACAUGUAAAGCAAACACUGAAAAA